AUGCGUUUGCCUUUGACUCUGAUCUUUCCUGGGCUUGCUCUUGCCGAGGUAUUGCAACAGCCUCUUCAAGAACCAAACCAGUCCACAAGCCUUUCACCCUUGAAUGCCGACUUUGACAAUAAGGUCAAGUGGGCCCUGGACCAUUUCAAUAUUCCCGGUUUGGCCGUUGCAGUCGUUCAUGGAGAAACAUUCUCCAAAGGCUACGGCAUCUCAGAUAGUCUCAGUUCUCAGCCAGUGACGGAGCACACUCUGUUCUUCGGAGGAAGCACAACCAAAGCCUUUACGUCUGCGGCAAUUUCUCUUCUCGUCGACGACGACGUUAAUUUCCCAGGAAUCCAUUGGGAUACACCCGUCCACUCUAUCCUUCCAGUGGAUUUCGCCCUCAGUGAUCCCUGGUCUACCUCGGAAAUAACAAUUGUCGACAUCCUAUCUCAUCGCACUGGCUUACCACGCCACGACUGGGUAUGGCUUGCUAAUAUAACGCUCCAAGAAGCGGUCCAAUCAUUGAGGAAUCUUCCAUCCACGACUUCUCCACGGACAACAUGGCAAUAUUCCAAUCUUAUGUACUGCGCCGCAGCCCAUCUCAUCGAAACAGUGACGAACCAAUCCUUAGAAUCCUUCUUCACGGAAAAUAUCUGGCUGCCCCUAAGCAUGACUGAGACGUAUAUCUCCUUGUCGGAAGCUCGAAAGGCAAAUCGAGAUAUCUCCCAGGGAUUUUACGUUAACCUGGAUGGUGGACUCUCAUCCACCGAACAGGUAUAUACAGAUACUAUCCGUGGAGCGGGUAAUAUCCUGUCCUCGGUAUCAGACUACGCCAAAUGGAUUUCAACAAUGCUGAAUCGCGAGCCACCAUUUUCUCCAGCAGGUUAUGAUGCAUUAUUUGGUGCCCACUCCAUCGUCUCUCCUAAUCCUGUUGAGCCAUUCCAGACUUCUACAUUCUAUGGACUGGGAUGGUUAUCAGGUGUAUACAAGGGUGAGACGAUAUGCUUCCAUGGCGGGGAUCAGUUCGGGUAUGGAGCAUCUGUUAUGCUGUUACCACAACGAAAGUUCGGACUGGUGUUGCUAGGGAAUAAUAUGAAUGGGGUUGACGCGGCGGCGGAUGUACUUGCGUAUCAUCUGAUUGAUGAAGAACUAGGCAUUCCUUUGGAGAGUCGAAUUGACUGGAUUGCAAGAGGCGAUGCGAUGAUCAAUCAAACACAUCUUUCUGAACAUAUCAUUGCAGAGCUUUACCCCGGCGUCCCUGAUCCUCCGUUGGCAAACCCUCUAGAUAUCUCUGCUUAUGAAGGAUUCUAUACACAUCCCUCUUACCCGGAUCUUAUACUAUCAAGCAACUGCACUGGGGACUAUCGAAUCUACCAAAGAUUGAACCGCACAGCCCCCGACCUGUGCGCAUCUAUUUCAAAUUACAAUGACUACUCCAAAGAGUUGGGAAUUGGCUUGUUCCAUGUGUCUGGCACAUAUUGGUUGCAGAUUGCAAUGCGAUGGGGCUAUCCCACGGCUGUUCGGCUGGAAUUUCAGAUUAGCCCUGACGGUUCAGCAAGCUGGCUAGGAAUUGAGAUUGAGCCUUUAAUGGCGGAGAGGGAAGAGAAAAUAUGGUGGAGACAUGUCUGA